AUGGAAGAUCACUCAUUUGCUGUUGGUCAAGAAUUCCCUGACGUUAAAGCAUUCCGCAAUGCAAUUAAAGAAGCAGCCAUUGCACAGCAUUUUGAGCUUCAUAUCAUUAAAAGUGACCUGAUUCGUUACUUUGCUAAGUGUGCAUCAGAUGGCUGUCCAUGGCGCAUUCGUGCUGUCAAGCUCCCUAAUGCCCCCACCUUUACCAUUAGAAGUCUUGAGGGGACACAUACUUGUGGGAGAAAUGCACAUAAUGGGCACCACCAGGCUUCUGUUGACUGGAUUGUGAGUUUUAUCGAGGAAAGAUUGCGAGAUAAUAUCAAUUACAAACCAAAAGAUAUUUUACAUGACAUCCAUAAACAAUAUGGGAUAACAAUACCAUAUAAGCAAGCUUGGCGUGCAAAGGAACGUGGUCUUGCUGCAAUAUAUGGCUCCUCUGAAGAAGGAUAUUGCCUACUUCCUUCGUAUUGUGAGCAGAUAAAGAAUACUAAUCCUGGAAGUUUUGCAGAGGUAUUUACUGCAGCAACUUCAUUUGAUGCUGAUGGUGGGUUGUUCCCACUUGCAUUUGGUGUUGUUGAUGUUGAAAACGAUGAAAGCUGGACUUGGUUUUUGUCCCACUUGCACAAGACGCUUGAGGUGAAUACUGAAACUAUACCACCAAUUAUAUUUUUGUCAGAUGGACAGAAAGGUAUUAUGGAUUCAGUAAGAAUGAAGUUCCCUAAUUCUUCUCAUGCAUACUGCAUGCGUCACUUAAGUGAAAGUAUUGGCAAAGAGUUCAAGAAUUCUAGGCUUGUCCAACUUCUGUGGAAGGCAGCAUAUGCCACCACAACCUCUGCUUUUAGAGAAAAAAUGGCUGAAAUAGAGGAGGUUUCUCCUGAAGCUGCUAAAUGGUUACAGCAAUUUCACCCUUCUGAAUGGUCCCUAGUACAUUUUGAAGGAUCACGAUAUGGUCAUUUGUCCUCUAACGUUGAACAGUUCAAUAGAUGGAUCUUUGAAGCCGGGAAUUGCCAAUCAUUCAGUUCAUGGUUCUCUGUACUCGCUCCAUCUGCUGAGAAACGAAUGAUCGAAGCUAUUAGUUGUGCGUCCACAUAUCAAGUCCUUAGAUCAGAUGAAGUGGAAUUUGAAGUUCUCUCGGCUGAUCGCUCAGAUAUUGUAAAUAUUGGUAAUCGUAGCUGUUCCUGCCGUGAUUGGCAGCUAUAUGGAAUACCGUGUUCUCAUGCUGUUGCAGCUCUGAUCUCAUGUAGAAGGAUGUCUAUGCUUUUAGUGAGAAGUGUUUUACUGCUGCUAGUUACAGGGAGACCUAUGCAGAGGAAAUAUAUCCAAUCCCUGAGAAACUUGAAUGGAGAAAAACAGAUGAGGCUUCCAUUGAUGAAAAACCCUAGUUGUACGGCCACCAAAAUCUCGGCGACCACCAGGGCGCCCUGA